AUGGCAUCAAUCAUUGAAAUGCCCGAGUUGGUAUUGGAAAAAAUUAUAGAAUUUUCAGACUUGAAAGCUGUCUUGACCCUUCGCCAAGUCUGUCGAGAUUUCCGGAAUUUCAUUGACGACUUGAAAGAUUCGAAAUUGCCGGAUUCAAAAUUCGCACAAAUUGAAAUUAUUUCUGACAAAGACGAAAAGAAGAUAACUUUUGAUUUGGUGGGUCCCGAUGAUUCUUUUUAUCACUUUGAGUAUUCUGAAAUCAAUAAUUCGAGAAGUUUCAAUGGAAAAAUAACAAAUAUGGCAAAUUUGAAAAUUGUGGAUGUGGCGAUUCAAGAUCUAGAAUGGAUUCUGAAAUUUCAAAAAUCCAAUUUGCAAAGGCUAUAUUUUCAUUUCGAUGAUUUUCAACUCCAAACGGAGUCUUCGAUUCAUACUUUACCAAUUAAGCUGAGCAAUAUGUUCAAUGCAUCCGGUCGAAAAAUCAAAACAAGGGAAUUGAGUAUAAAAACGUACCAUCAGUCUCAAUUGACUCCAAUUUUACCGAUCGCUGAUCCAGAAGCUCUGAAAAUUAUCGAUUUAUUUCGGUUGGAGACUGAAAUCGAUAUGGAGAUUGAAAUCGACGAAAUAGUGAAAAGUGAGCAAUGGAAAAAAGCGAAGGAGAUGAAUUGUGAUUUUCAUGUGGUGAAUCUAAAAGUAGAAGAUAUCUGUCAUUUUUCAAGAUAUCGUGUACAAUCAAACACAAUUUCCGCAAGGGACUUGGACUUUUUGAAGAAGGCUAUCACCAGUUCUUCGAAAUUCGAAUAUUCCUGGCUUGCAGUGAAUAUUUUCAAUGAAAACGAGGAAAUUUUCAAUUUGUGGGGUCCUGCGUAUCUUUCUGGAUCUUCAAGUCUUUGGUAUUUUCGAAUCAAGGACUCGGAGGAGAAUAUUUUGGUGAUCGACAUCCAGCAAGUUUACAAUCACAUUUAUUUCGACGUCAUUGAAACGAGAAAUGUUCCAAAUAGAGCGAUUGUACAUGAUUAUAACGAAAACUGA